AUGUAUGUGGAGCCUCAGUCAAUGGCCUCAUUCUUCACAAUUUCAGAUGCUGCCAUACAGCAAGCUGAUUGGGAUUCUUCAAAAGUUCGUGAAAAACUUCGUCGUGAUAUUGAGGCCCAUGCAUCUUCUGUUCGUAGUGCAAUGUUGUCAGAACUGAUAGCUACCUUUGAGAAGCGACUUAGUGUAGCUCUGACUGGACCAGUAGAAUCCCUUUUUGAAGCCAGUGGGAAAGACACAUGGGCUUCGAUAAGAAAGCUACUAAAACAUGAAAGUGGCACUACCGUAUCGGGUUUUUGUAGUGCUGUUGCUGGUUUCGAGUUAGAGCCAGGAACAUUGGACAAAAUAGUGCAAAAUUUGAGGGACUAUGCAAGAGAUAUAGUGGAGAAAACAGCAAGAGAGGAAGCUGGGAAAGUUCUGAUCCGCAUGAAGGAUAGGUUUGCAACUGUCUUCAACCAUGAUAAUGACUCACUGCCAAGGGUUUGGACAGGGAAGGAAGACAUUAGAAUGAUCACAAGGGGUGCCCGCUCUGCGUCCCUGAUGCAUAUGACCGUUAUGGCUGCCAUACGCCUAGAUGAGAGACCAGAUAAGAUAGAGAAUGUACUUUUCUCCUUGCUCAUGGAUGGAACAGUUACUACUCCUUCCCAGUCCCGGAGUGUUGCAGCUUCUGGGGAUCCCCUUGCCUCAAGCACAUGGGAGGAGGUCCCUCUGGAGAAAACGUUGAUUACGCCUGUGCAGUGCAAGUCGUUGUGGAGACAAUUUAAGGCAGAAACUGAGUAUGCUGUCACUCAAGCCAUUUCGGCACAGGAGGCUUACAAGCGGGACAACAAUUGGUUACCUCCUCCAUGGGCAAUACUGGCUAUGGUUGUUCUCGGGUUUAACGAAUUCAUGCUCCUUUUGAGGAAUCCUCUUUACCUCUUGGUUUUAUUUGUUAUAUUUCUACUUGGGAAAGCAUUAUGGGUACAGAUGGACGUCCCAGGGGAGUUUCGGAAUGGCAUGCUGGCUGGACUUCUUUCUCUCUCAUCAAGGUUUCUUCCAACUGUCACGAACCUUCUGAAACGACUAGCUGAAGAAGCUCGAGGGCAUCGAACUCCGGAGGAACCAAGACCCACUCCAUAUCUGGAUUCUUGGAGUUUUAGAAAUCAAACACUACAGCCAAAUUCAGUAUCAGGCUCAGUUCCAGAUUCAUCUGUUUCAUCCAAUAAUUCAACUGAAAGUGGCCUUGAAUGCUCGAGUUCUCAGCCAACACACAGGAGAGUUACAAAUGUAGAACAGGCUGAAUUUUCUUGAUGUACGAUUCACAUUCACAUACAUAGUGUGUAUACGAGAGUUGUAUGGAAACUCUUGAGCGUUUGUUCACCUUUGUUGUCUAUAGUCUAGGGGAAGAAACAGAUAAUCUUUGUAAAUAUCACAUGCAAAGCAGAAGUAACAGCUACUCUCUG